AUGUCGGCCGCCGCGCUAAGAAGCCAGCUCAACGAGCACGUCAGCUACAUGUACGCCACGGGAAUUCUGGACGAGUACUACCAACAGCUGCAGUCGCCACAGGACGAGGGGUUCGUCCCUGAGGUCAUCAACAUCUUCCUCGGCGACGCCGACAGGAUGCUCAACGAUAUCACCAGCCUUCUGAACCUGCCCAUCGUCGACUUCGAAAUGGUGGGCGAACUGGUGCACCAGCUCAAGGCGUGCAGCUGCAGUGUUGGUGCUAGGAAAGUUAACCUCGCCUGCGAGCACUUUCGCCAGUUCUACAAGGCAAAAAACAAAGAAGGGUGUCUCACGGCAUUGAAUCUUCUUAGGAACGAGUUCUAUGAUGUGCGCGGCAGGCUACAGGCCAUUAUGCAGUUGGAGCAGCAGAUUGCAGCCUUGGGUCCUAAGUAG